UUUGGACCCUCCCGCGUGCCGUUCUUACCCGGCCUGCCCCGCGCUGCCGCUUCCGGAAGUGGAUCUUGUCUCCUCCCAAGCGGAGCGUUUGUGUCUGAACCUGCUGGAACUGCGACGGCAUCGCAGUGCUGCAGAAUCCCGGGGGCCAAGGGCGGGCUGCUUUCUGCUAUGGCUGGCAGUCAGGAUAUAUUCGAUUCCAUCGUGAUGGCGGAUGAGAGGUUUCAUGCGGAAGGGUAUCGGGAAGGCUACGAAGAAGGCAGUAGUUUGGGUGUGACGGAGGGAAGGCAACACGGCACGCUGCAUGGAGCCAAAAUCGGGUCUGAGAUCGGGUGCUACCAGGGUUUUGCUUUUGCAUGGAAAUGUCUACUGCACAGUUGCACCACUGAGAAGGACAGCCGAAAGAUGAAGGUCUUAGAAUCAUUGAUUGGAAUGAUCCAGAAAUUCCCUUAUGAUGACCCUACUUAUGAUAAACUCCAUGAAGACUUAGACAAAAUCAGGGGAAAAUUUAAACAGUUUUGUUCAUUACUCAACGUUCAGCCAGACUUUAAAAUUAGUGCAGAAGGUUCCGGACUUUCAUUCUGAGAACGAUGGAUGAACAGAGACCGAACAUCGAGGAACAGACGUGUGUGUGGCAUGUUUAGAGAUGCGAGGAAGGGCCGGACGGUGCUGGGAAGGUCAUCGCUCAGUGGGAGGGUGAGGCUUCCGGUUCGGCCGGGGGAGGGCCUGCUUCCCCGGGGUGUUUUGCCUGUGUCAUCUCGGUGCCCGCCUUGGGGCCUCUUCACAAUGCCCUUUGUUGGGCUGAAGCCAUCCCUGGCAGAGCCCUCGUGCGGCUGCUCCCUGCUGGGCCCACGUGCAUUGGCCUGACGGCCUCUCUGGCAGCACGGGCCUGGCUGGCUCUGGCCUGGGGUUGGCUCUGGAUAGGGUCAGUCCCCAGGCCUGGACUUGAGGCAGUUUUUAAAAUUUUUUUUUGCAAUGAGAGAGACAGUUGGCCCUCAGCGAGGCUCGUGGGAGGUCUGGACGGGUGCUGUGCCACAUGUCGAAGCCGAUUGUGUGCCAGGCGCCGUGGGACGUGCCUCUCGUGUUUUAUUUAAUCCCUUCAGGAGCCCACGGGGUGGGUGUUAUUCCCAUUUUACAGAGGAAGAAGGUGAGACAAGAAGGGGUUGCCUGGUCUGAGGGCACCCGGCAGCAGAGCUAGGACUUCCGCCCCAAGGCCGUGCCUCACUGCCCCCGGGCACAGCCGCCUCUGGAACGCACAGGCCGGCACCUCAGCACUGGGAGUCCCGGCCCUCCCUCCCAGGCCGCAUGGGUCCUGCUGAGCCUGGCGGAGCACGGGGGCGUCCGUGGUGGCCAGUUUGCCUGGCCAUCUGGCUGAGAGGAAGAAAGGCCGGCCCAAUCCUGAGGGGACCCGGACAUACCCUUCACACUGUCCCCAGAGGGGCCAUGAGCUCUGCAGCGUUAACAAAUGGUGAAGGGGGGAAAUAUUUUGAACCAAAGACCAAAUGUUAGGCCGCCGUUGUAUUUGCAGAAACUGAGAACCAUGCAUACAGCUCCUGCAUUCUCCCCUCUCCUAGGCGCUCUGUUGUCUCUGCCAGUCCUUAACGAGGUGUCAUACAGAGACAGCGGGGUGGGCACAGAUGAGCGGAGUGGAUGGUUCGGUGGGCCCCCACGAGGUGAGUGGUCAUAUGCGAUGGCAUGUGUUCACGCACCCUCCUGUGUGCACCUCAGGGUCACCGAAGUCCCCACACGCUGGCUCUCCCCACCCGUCCUGUUCCAGAAAACAUGUCUGAAAGCAGUCCACGAGGUUUUUAAGGAGUCACCAUGAAUCCACUUCGGUUUUAAAACCAUUCCCGAAUGUCCUAGUGGAUUGUGCUGUGCUGCCUAAGCUGCUGGCUGCAAGAGCCAGAGCGGUGACUCCCACAGGAGCAGCGGCAGGCAGACCUCCACAGCGGCAGGCAGACCUCCACAGCGGCUCGGGAGGAGAGAGAGGGCUGGUUUGUUUUUGUUUCAUUUUUUCGUUUGAGACAGAGUCUCACUCUUUCACCCAGGCUGGGAUGUAGUGGCGCGAUCUCAGCUCACUGUGACCUCCGCCUCCUGAAUUCAAGCGAUUCUCCUGCCUCAGCCUCCCUAGUAGCUGGGAUUACAGGCGCCCACCACCACGCCCAAGUAACUUUUGUAUUUUUAGUAGAGAUGGGGUUUUGCCAUGUUGGCCAGGCUGGUCUUGAACUCCUAGCCUGACAUGAUCCACCCACCUCCACCUACCAAAGUGCUGGAAUUGCAGGCAUGAGCCACUGGUCCCAGCCUGCUUUUUCCUUUUGAAGACAAGACUUAGGUCUCCUCCUCCUGAACUCUAAACCUGCGUGUGUGGCUGUGCACCCCUCAUCUGUGGCCUCAGCUCCGGUCUGGGGAAGUCUGCGUUGGGCAUCGCCCCAUUGUGCCUUCAUCAGAGCUGGUGCCUUCGGGCCGGAAAGACUUCCAUUCUUUCCAGAUGGUGGGAUCAGGGGCCUUUGUUGUGUUUCCCUUGGUGGAUUUUUGUGUUUUGUAAGUUGUCUUUUUUGAUAAUGUAUUAUUUUUAUAAUUGGAAAAAAAGUAAAUAGCAUAUUUUAGAGUGAAA